GACGAUCUCUAACUCUGUGGUGCUGCGGCCGGAGUAAAGCCUGCAAGUACACGCUCAUGACACAGUCGAACAGCAUGAAUUGUUCAGUCUGGUUCUAUAAAACGUGCUGUAGGUCUAGAUGAUCUAAACAGAGUAUUAGCUUUACUAUUCCGACUGAAGCCAGAAGACUGGCAAAGUGAUUAAUUAACCAUGACUGCCAACGAGGAGCAGGAGAUGGAGUUAGAAGCUCUGCGCUCAAUUUACGAAGGUGACGAUUGCUUCAAAGAGCUGAGUCCUAACUCCUUCCAGUUCAGGAUAGGAGACCUGAACGAGUCCAAAUCAUUCCUGAUGGAUAUCUCACUGCCUGAGACGUACCCAGAAACUGCACCUCAAAUAUCCUUAGAUGCCUUUUUCAACAACAGAAUCUCAUCAGAGACCAAGCAGUUAAUCAUCUCCAAGCUGCAUGAGCAGGUGGAGGCGAACCUGGGCAGUGCCAUGAUGUACACUCUGUUUGAGUGGGCCAAAGAAAACCAGGAGAUGCUGAUGGAGAAUCACCAGCCUGUAGUGUCUGCUGUGACCCUGACUUCUACCAGUGAAGUGAACAGUCAAGUCUCAGUCAGUAAGAAAAAGGAGAAGAAGGAACAGCUCACCAAAGCACAAAAAAGAAAAAUGAUAGGAAGAACUGACAACAAAGGUGAACUGCCCAGAGGUUGGAACUGGGUCGACGUCAUCAAGCAUGUGAGUAUGGUUUAAACUCUUUUUUUUAAACAAAUAUUAAGUAAUGUUAGCAUAUUUUUCAUGCUUUCACACCUUCAUUAACAGUCCAACAUGUUUAAUGACCAAUCUCUGUGACAGCUGAGCAAGACCGGAGGAAAAGACGACGGCUAAAGAAACUGCCCCUGAACCUUGUGUGUUAAAGUAGAGACUGAUGGACUGAUGAAGAACGAAAAUCUGCCGUGACAUGAUUUUUAAAGAGUUAAAAUGCACCAUGAUUUGGAUGAAGCCACUGUUUUGUUUGUGCCAACGAGGCACAUGACAUGAGCUUAAAAUAUCCACUGGCAAAAUAAAACAUUGAGGUAGAUUCACAAAAGUGACUGCAAACAACAAGCACUUGCAACACGAACGCAAUGCAGUGUCUCAUAAAGUGUGUUCUGAGGGCAGACUCUGCUCCCAUGUCUUCACAUUACAGGGCUUUAUUGACACAGCCCCAGGUUACACCUCUACUAAGCAACUGAUUGAUUUGUAUCAAACACUCUGUGUGUACAAAAUGGCAAAAUUUUAAAGUUUAUGAUGCAUUGUGGUUUGAUCAAGUGAACCUCAGUUUGUAUUUGUACCAGUUUUUAGCCUGUUUUUCUUUCUCCUUUCAGUUAUUUAUUGUGCAUAUUUUUUGACACAAUAUAAAAAAUUUUAUGGACGAUUUAUCAUGUGUCUGCUUUAUUUUAUAUAGGAACUGCAAAGAGAUUGACAUCCUGUGUGUUUUAAGAAAAAUGCAAGUUAUGAUGUUUCCAUUUUGUUUACUAAAUGUGUCCUAUAUUUUUCAAUUCAAGUUUAUUUGUAUAGCGCUUUUUACAAUGGACAUUGUCUCAAAGCUGCUUUACAGAACGUAAACAUAGAACAGAAGGUAAACAUAAAGGGAAAUAUAAAGAAUUAAUAUAAUAAAAAAUCAAGAUAUAUAUA